UUCCACGCAAAUAAUUCUGUUAUCAAAAAACUUAUCACGCCGAUUUCGAGCAGGCCUUAAAACCUCGUUAAGAUUAUAUUCCCGAUUGAGGGAUAACACAACCAAAGUUUCCGCAAGCUGAACAACAUGGAGGCGGACAGGUUUCCAGAAAUCCGUAGCCUUUGUGACGUGGUUGAACCACACCUUUCGGGGGCCCGUCUUCUAAGUUAUCAGGCGAGCAGCCUGACACAGCCGGGCGACAACUACGGAAGCGUUCUCCUGGCAAUCCACGCCCAGCUGCAGCGUCCCGAAGGCGGGAUGUUCGAGAAGCAACUGGUGGCAAAGCUGCCUCCCACGGACCCCAAGUACUGGCAGUUCUUCCAGCCAGAGCGGACCUGCCCCACAGAGAUUGCCGUCUACAAGGUCUUGGCCCCCGCCCUGACUACGCUCCAAGACGAGGCUGGCAUCCCAGUGGAGAGCCAGUUUAAGGGCUUCCCUCGCUACUUCGGGUCUCGCGUGUCCCUCGUUCCCAGUUCCGGCAGGGUGGAUCAGAACGCCGUGCUGGUGCUGGAGAACGUGCGCCAGAGCGGCUUCCUGCCCGGCCGGAGGCUGGUGCCCUUCGACCUGCCCCACACGCUGCUAGCCCUCCGCUCCAUGGCGCAGUUCCACGCCCUGCCCCUCGCCCUGCGACUGCUCAAGCCCGAAGUGUUCCGCGAUCAGGUGCAGCCCUUCUUCAGGAAGUUCGAUUGGCAUGCCGCAGCCCCGGAGUGGAAGAAGGUGAUGAAGGCGGAGACCCUGGAGGACGUCCGACGGGCAACCAACGACAACUCUGAGCUGGUGGCUCGUGUAGCGGAGUUAGCGGACGAGUUCUUUGAGUUCCUGGCCGCGGACCCGGACAGACCUGACGGACCAUUCACCAGCAUUAUCCACUGCGAUUUCUGGAUCAACAACCUGAUGUUCUCCUACGAGCCCUCAGGAACACCCAACGGGCUGAAAAUCAUCGACUUCCAGACGGCACAGUACGACUCCGUGGUACAUGACAUAAUCUCGUUCCUGUUAUCUAGCGUUGAUACGGCUAUCUUGGAGAUACACUUCGAACACAUGUUGAGCGCCUACUACGAGGCGUUCGAGUGUUGUCUGCGCCGCGUGGGAGCUAAACUGGAGACUCACACUUACGAGGCGUUCCGAGAGGAGGUGAAGCGGGUGGCGUACAUCCAAGUGCCCCACGCAAUAUUCAUGACGCGCUUUAUUUUGGCCGAUGGCGCACCCAGCGAAGCGGAGGAGAGCCGCCCGCUUCCGGAUGUGCUGAAGAGUCCGGGGUCAGAGCGCAUAGCCCACAAACUAAGCCAGAUUUUGAACCUGGCCCAAAAGUUUGAAAUUUUGCACUAGGCAAUAAAUUGAUUCGUAAUUGCCAA